ACUUAUAUUUUUUUCAAUGAAUGUAUACAUUGUAGAGAUAACGAAAGUAAACCGAACAACAAAAUCGUGAAUGCAAUAAGUAUGCACUCUGGUGUAAUAGCCGCACCGCUUUCUUGUUAAAUUCUGCGAGUUACCGCGAGCUAAGCCAUGGCACUUAGUCCACGUGAAUCUGGUGAAUACAUCGUUAAAAAUGCGAAAUACUUGACAGUGUAUCCAGAAGGUAUUGAAAAAUUGGCAAAUGAGGUUAUUUCCCGCUUGCAGUCUGGACAACUUGAUCCGAAGAACUUUUCGCAAAAUGAUGUGCACCCGAAGUCCACCGAUGCACAUGCCAUUGAAUGGAUAUUUGUGGUGGAUACACUAAAUUUCUGCUUCUGGACGCCAACCGACUACACGAAAUACAAGGUCAACGGUUACACCGGCUACUUUGCUUUAUGCGCUGCCAUAAAUCGUGCCAUGGAAGAGGGCAUAGAUAUCACCAAUGCUGCGUACUAUUCCACAAUCGAUGCCGAUACAUUGCGUAAAGUAUUUCGUUCAGAUGAUGGCCAGACUUCGGUGCCACUGUUUGAACAACGUAUCGCUUGCCUGCAUGAGGUCGGUACAAGACUUCUGGAGAAGUGGCAAGGCAAGUUCGAGAAUGUGGUACGAGCCGCAAACAAUUCUGCCGCGCGUUUACUGGAGCUAGUGGUGAAUGAAUUUCCCUGUUUCCGCGAUGAAGCUGAUUACGAAGGAAAGCGCGUUUCAUUGUACAAGCGCGCACAAAUUCUUAUCGGAGAUAUUUGGUCCUGUUUUGAGGGUAAAGGCUUGGGUAAAUUCAAUGACCUUGAAAAAAUUACCAUGUUUGCCGACUAUCGAGUACCACAAGUGUUGAUACAUUUUGGCAGCUUGGAAUACAAGCCGGAAUUACUGCAAGUAUUGAGCAAAGAUACAAUUUUGGAGAAUGGCGAUCCACGAGAAGUCGAGAUUCGUGGCGCCUCCAUAUACAUUGUGGAGCAGGCGAAAGACAUCAUUUUAAACAAACUUAAUAAUAAGGAAGUUGAGCUCAAUAAGGAACAUGUAAAUUCAAUUUUAAUUGAUCACUUCCUAUGGGAUUACCGACGCAAACACGCAGAUGAGUUAGAGCACAUACCAUUCCACAAAGUACUAAGUGUUUACUAUUGAAUGUUGCUUAUACAAUAAAUGUUACAUUUGAUUUUUUGUAUAAAA